CAUUGGCUAACAAAGUGUAUAAAGCAAUGCUACCAACUUUCUAAGACGUGACACUUCUGGACGUAACUCUGCCAGCGUUCCAGAUUGUUGGCCAUCCAGCUGCUUAAUUUGGUCAAAUAAAGUGCUGCUUGAUCAAGAAGUCGCCGCUUGGUUUAUCUGAUAAGGUUGAUACAGUAUCUCAGGUUUAAUUAAGGAAUUGGAAUCUUACAGGUAAACAGUUUGUCGCGCAGAGUUGAAGCUAUGGUGCUGAUCAGAGUGCUGGCAAACCUUCUGAUACUACAGCUUUCUUACGAUUUGCUGCAUUAUACAGCGUGCAAUAUCUGGGUCAUUGCUUCUGAAACAAAUAUCAAAACCGCACAAAAGUCUUCUGAACUGGUCGUUGGAGGUCAUCCAUGUAACAUAAAUGAACAUCGUUCCCUUGUUGUCUUGUUUAACUCCAGCAGUUUUCUCUGCGCUGGGACUUUGAUCAAUGAGGAAUGGGUGCUCACCGCUGCACACUGCGACAGUAAAAAUUUCCAGAUGCAGCUUGGUGUGCAUAGCAAAAAGGUACUAAAUGAGGAUGAGCAGACAAGAGACCCAAAGGAGAAGUUCAUUUGUCCCAAUAAGAAAAAAGAUGAUGAAAAUGACAAGGACAUCAUGUUGAUCAGGCUGGACAGCCCUGUUAGCAACAGUGAACACAUCGCGCCUCUCAGCUUGCCUUCCAGCCCUCCCAGUGUGGGCUCAGUAUGCCGUAUUAUGGGAUGGGGCACAAUCACACCUACUAAAGAGACGUAUCCCGAUGUCCCUCAUUGUGCUAACAUUAACAUACUCGAUCAUGCGGUGUGUCGAGCAGCUUAUCCAUGGAAUCUGGUGACAAGCACAACAUUGUGUGCAGGUACCCAGCAAGGAGGCAAAGAUACAUGUAGGGGUGACUCUGGGGGACCCCUCAUCUGUAAUGGACAAUUCCAGGGCAUUGUAUCUUGGGGGGGGCAUCCUUGUGGCCAAGCACAUGAGCCUGGCGUCUACACCAAGGUCUUCAAUUAUACUGACUGGAUCCAGAGCAUUAUUGCAGGAAAUACAGAUGCGACCUGCCCCCCAUGAAAACUUUUGAAAAAGUUAGGAGGAGAAAAUGUAACAUAUUUGUACAUCUCUUCUAUAUCCCUAACCAUAUCCAACUACAUUGGAAUAUAUUCCCAGGCAGUAAGCUUUUUUUAGACUCAAAUAGGACUGCCUUUGGAGUAAGAAAUGCUCAAAAUAGUGCUGCAGGGAUCAUGUCCCAUUUAAUUUCAGUAUAAAACAAUCUCAGUAAAAUGGAGGCCUGUUUCAGGGUGAGGUGCAAAAUUUUCUGAUUCUAAAAUGGACCAUUCCAAAUAUUUUAACCU